AUGGUGAACUGUUCGGCCAGCCAGUCCGCGUCGAACAUGCUUCGACGUAUGAUCAUUGUUCUGCCGCUGUGCGGUCUUCUGGCGAUUUGCAGCUGCACUGUCGUCCAUCGGGACGUUUACACUGUCGCGUCGGUGUCGUCUAACUGCGGUGCAGAUGGCAAUUCUACUGCGUGCGCGACCGAAACGGGGAAAAUCGUGACUGGAUCCGGCCGAAACAUGCUUAGAGUGUCCAGGAACCUUCAGGAUCCUGGGAGUGAUGAUAAUGAGGUUGAAGAGGAAAGUGGACGGAAGAAGAAGGGCAGAGGUUACUGGAAGUUGUUGCUAUACUUUCUGGGAGCAGGAAAGGUCACGAUGCUUUACGUAGUUCUGAACGCAGUCGCUGCGAUCGCUGCCAAGGCUCUGGUCGUUGCCAAAGUGGCGUUGGCGAUCGCCACUGCCAUCGCAUUGAAAAAAUCCAGCGAACACAAGGAGAAAGUGUCAUACGAGAUCAUCAAGCAUCCUUAUCACAGCUACGAGCAGACUCACAGCUCCAGCAUCGAUUUCGAUAAUCACGGAUACGGGGAGGGCGAUUUCGGCUACCGGAAGCGACGAAAAGUCCUCCAAUAACGAUCAUGGAUGUUCCACGAAACGACCUCGACGACAUCAUCUAAUAAUAUCUUUUAUAAGUAGUACAAACAUACGAACGAAAUGUCGCAAUCAUUAAAAGUUUCGAACCUUG